AUGGCGCCGCGGCCGCCCCCCAGUGGCAGUGCGGGUCUGCGCAGUCCGCGCGCGGAUGACGGGAUAGAACCAGCGCAUGCGCGAGACGACCUGAUAAAAUUCGCGGAUCCUCCGCAUCCGGAGGCGAUCAAUUUCUCUGCGGCAGCGGCGGCGACAACGGCGGAGGAGUUUUAUGAAGAAGUGGAGGAAGGGGAGGAGGAUGACGGGAGUGAGUUUCUGGAGCGCGCGCGGAGCCACCAGGAGGCGGAGGACGAGCGCGCGUACGAGCCGGAGGAGCAGAUCGACGUGUCGCGUUACAGCCUGCCGCUACAGACGCCGGGCGGCAAGGAGGACACGUUCCGGUUCUCGUGGCGGCGCUUCUGCAUCUUCGUGGGGCCGGGCUUCCUCAUGAGCAUCGCUUACCUGGACCCCGGCAACCUCGAGAGUGAUUUGCAGGCAGGCGCACAGACAGGGUAUGCGCUGCUCUGGAUUCUCUUCUGGUCCACUGCACUCGGCCUGCUGCUGCAGGCCAUAGCAGCGCGAGUGGGUGUGGUGACGGGGUGCCAUCUAGCGGAGCUGUGCCGCAUGGAGUACUCACCCCCCGUGCGCUGGGUGCUGUGGGUGAUGACGGAGGUCGCUAUAGUGGGGGCGGACAUUCAGGAGGUGAUAGGCUGCGCCAUCGCGCUGCGCAUCCUCAGCAGGGGGGCUAUUCCCAUCUGGGCGGGGGUGCUGAUUACAGGGCUGGACAGGUGCGUUUGCGGUUUGGUUUGGGUGAAGCACACGCCUGCUAUGCUGUGGGGCAUGACCGAGGUGGCCAUAGUGGGCGCGGACAUUCAGGAGGUCAUUGGCUGCGCCAUCGCCCUGUGCAUCCUCAGUAGAGGCGCCGUCCCCACCUGGACAGUUUGUUCACAACUCAGCGCGCCGUUUGGUCUCUUCAUCGCAGUCUCGCCAUUCCGCUACAAAGCAGUCUCGCCAUUCCGCUACAAAGCAAUCUCUUGCGCUGCCGUGCCUUGCCUUGCUGCCUCCCACCCCUCCCCACCUCUUCCCAGCUUUCUGCUACUCUUCCUGGAGAGCUGUGGCAUUCGCAAGCUACAGGCGCUCUUUGGUCUCUUCAUGCGCUGUCACGCCAGCCAGGAGCCUCAAACCACUCUCCUUCCCUUGCUUUGGCUCGCCUUGCCUUUCUUCCUGCUUUUAUUCCUCGAGAACUUUGGCAUUCGCAAGCUGGAGGCGCUCUUUGGGCUCUUCAUCGCUGUCAUGGCUGCUUCCUUUGCCCGCAUGUUCGUGGAAGCUGCGCCUGACGCGGGGGCCAUUGCUCAUGGCCUUCUGGUCCCUUCCAUACCCCGCGGGGCAACGAGCAUGGCAGUGAGCAUACUAGGCGCAGUCAUCAUGCCGCACAACAUCUUCCUCCACUCCGCCCUCGUGCAAUCGCGCGCUAUCAACCGCCACUCCCCACCGCGAGUGGCAGAGGCGCUGCUCUACUUCACGCUCGAGUCCGCCCUCGCCCUGCUGCUCUCCUUCCUCGUCAACCUCUGCGUCGUCUCCGUCUUUGCCCGCCUCUUCUACGGCCAACCGGGGGCAGUGGAUAUUGGGCUGGAUAACGCUGCUGAGUAUCUGCAGCAAGCGUUCGGCUCAACCACCUUCCCAGUGGUGUUCAUUUGGGCGGCCGGGCUGCUAGCAGCGGGGCAGUCAUCAACCAUGACAGGCACAUACACGGGGCAGUUCGUCAUGUCGGGCUUUCUCGACCUGCAUGUGCGCAAGUGGGUGCGCGUGCUUGUCACCCGCACCGUCGCCAUCGUGCCCACCAUCGUCGUUGCCCUGCUCUACACCUCGCCGGCUUCUCACACACCACACUCACCACCGCAGCUGUCACCACCCAUGGCAGCACUGGCUGUGCAAGUGACAGGGGGAGCGGGUACAGUAGAAGGGGCAGCAGCAGCAGCAGCAGCAGCAGGCGGAUUGCUCAACGAAGCGUUUUUCACUCCGUCUCCCUUUCCAACCUCCUCCAUGCCCUUCCCUCUCACCAACACCUCCCUUCCUGCCCCCUCUUUCUCCUCCUCACCUGUCUCAUCCAGCCCGUCAUCACUGCAACUUUCAACCUCGCAGCACACCCCACUCUCCACCUCACUACCCUCCGCACCGCACAUGCUAUCACUCUCGUCGUUGGACGUGCUGAACCAGUGGCUCAACGUGCUGCAGUCCGUGCAGCUGCCCUUUGCUGUCAUCCCCCUGCUAGCCAUUGCAUCGUCAACACACGUGAUGGGAAGAUAUGCCAUCAAGGGAGCAGUGAAGGUGCUAGCGUGGGCAUCAGCAGCGCUGGUAAUCACUAUCAACCUCUACCUCCUCUUUGACUUCGCCACAACCAACUUCCCUCACUCGCUCUCAACAUUCCUCCUCCUCCUCCUCCUCUCCCUCCCCUACCUCCUCUUCCUCAUCCACCUCGCCCUGCACCCCCGGAGCGAGGGCUCCGAGUUCAACCAUCCGCACCGCUCUCGAUCGCACAGAACCUGCAGCAACGAACACUGCCAUCUCUUCAGUCCCACUGGGGUUGAUCAGUCGGAUUGUGUAACUUGUUCUGGUGCUCCUGAUGCUACCGGUGCUCCUGAUGCUACCGGUGCUACUGGUUCUGUUGGUUCUGGUCAAAUAAAUGAGAGUGUAGGUGGCUCAGUUUAUAGUUGUCGCAACAGCAGCAGCAGCAGCAGCAGCAGCAGAGGGACAAUCCUCCCACUUCCUCCAGGUGGACGUGCGGGGGCGGGAACUGGGCUACGCACGCCUUUGCUGGAGGAGAAGCUGGACGAAUAG